AUGGUGAGGCUGCUCCAAGUAGCAGCGCUCGCCGCCGCGGCGCACUCGUUCGUGCCGCUGCAGCGCCUCGCGAGGCCCGUGCACACCAGCAAGCCCUGGGCCCUGUGGGCGAGCGACGGCGACGGCGAAGAGCCGGCGGUCGUCGCGCCGGAGGCCGAGGACUCGGGCCCGGAGCCCGGGGAGGAGGGCUACGAGGCGCCCAAGAUCGCGGUCGCGCCCGCGCCCGCGCCCGCGCCGAAGAAGCCGGCGGAGCCCGAGGCCCCGGACUUCUUCGGCAUGUUCGGCAAGGUCGUCGCCGGCGCGGCCGAGGCCGCGGGCGGCCUGGCGGACGAGCUGCUCAAGGAGGCGCCCGCUCCGGCGCCGGCGCCCCGGCCCGCGCCCAAGCCCGCGCCCAAGCCCGCGCCCAAGCCCGCGCCCAAGCCCGCGCCCAAGCCCGCGGAGCCCGUCGCCGAGAAGGAUCCCGUCAAAGAGGCGGUGCUCGAGGAGGCGCUGGCGCCGAAGGAGGAGCAGGCCCCCGCGCCCGCGCCGAAGCCGGCGCCCGCGCCCGCGCCGGUCGCCGAGGCGCCCGCGCCCGCGCCCGCCGAGAGGCCCGUGACGCCCAAGGGCGAGGGCGCCGCGCCGCGGGGCCGCGCCGAGGACGCGCCGGCGGCCACUGACCAAGGGAAUUACAUAGAAGCCCAAAAGGCCGCUCUGAAAAAACAGCAGGAGGCCAAGGCAGAAGAAGAAGCGAAAGCUGCCAAGGCCGCCGAGGCCGCGGCGGCCAAGGCCGCCAAGGCCGAGGCCCAGGCCCUCAUCGAGCGCGAGCUCGCGGCGGCCGCGCGCGAGAACGAGGCUCAGGAGGCCGCGCGGCAGCGCGCCGCGGCGGCGCGCGCGCAGGAGGCCAAGUUCGCCCAGCAACGG